AUGGCCCUCGCGAUCGAUCUGCAGAGCCCUCCGGUGGACGUCAACGCGCCCCUGGAUGAGCGUGACAUUCAGCUUGUCCAGGCCUCGUUCGCGCACGUCGCGCGCCUGGGGGCGAAGAAUGUGGGGAAGCUGCUCUUCAUGAACAUCUUCAAGGUCGCACCCGGCGCCGUGGAUCUUUUUCCUUUCGCCAGAGGCGAGGCUAAUCUCUACAGGCCCGGGGGGAACCUAGAGCUGCAUGCGCUGAAGCUGAUGGAGACGGUGGCGACUGCUGUGUCCAUGCUGCGCGAGUUGGACCAGCUGGUACCCAUCCUCGAGGGCCUGGGCCUGCAACACGCGGGCUUCGGGGUUCAGGCAACGCACUACGACUUGGUCGGCAUAGCCUUGAUAUCCACGCUCGAGGUGGUUCUGGGGAGGCAGUUUACUGAGCCGGUGAAGCAUGCUUUCAUGAAGGUGUGGAAGUUGAUCAAGGAGACCAUGCUGAGUCAGGAACCUCCAAGUACAGUAUUGAAAGGCCUGCAGUACGAUGUGAACGAGUCGAUGGACUUCGAUAUGUUUCGGCAAGUCAUGCGCAACCCAGGUGUUCGGGCGUGUUUCGAUGCGGUCGACAUCUGUCUAGACCUCUCAGAAGAGCAGCUCUUCAGCAUCAUCGACGAAAACGGCGACGGGGAGUUAAGUUUCGAUGAGUUUUUCCAGAGCCUGUGGCGCCUGCGAGGAAGCAAGGAGCGCUUGCACUCGCUCUUGGUGCAGGCCGACAUCGUGCACACCCACAGGCGGCUGAAAGACCGAAUGGUGCAACUCACUGAGGAUCUGGAAGACUACCACCGGGAAGAGUGCGCAGAGCUGCGCGAGCAGCUCGAAAGCCGCGUGCAGGCUAUGGUCGAUGGUUUGGAGGCGCAUCGUGGUGAAGCGCAAAAGGCGCGCGAGGAGGAAGAAGAGUCGGCGAGACUCGAGUUGUCUCACCUCUUAGAUUCGGCACACGAGGCGGCGGAAACCGCCAGAGAGACCUUGUCCACCCUCGAGGAGCAGAUUGCCGUGAAACGGAAGCGCGUCGCUGAUUUGCAGGCGCAGCUCGCGGAGCAGCGGCUACGCGAGAUCCGGGACGCUGAGGAGGCCAGCACGCCACAGGAGUCAGCCCAGGCGCCUUCGGAAGUAGAGGUCAACUCACCGGUCGGGAGCGAGCGAAGGCCACUGCUGGAGACCGCCUCCUCACCGCCCCCGUCGCCUACUUCACCUGCCUCCCCGGCAUCGCCACAAGCACCUCCGUCCCCAGCCACAGAGUCCGGCUCGCCUGGCAGCUCCCCUGGCGAAGGUGGCUCACCAUCCAUGGAGAGCCCCAGCGGAAAGCGUGUGCGCGAACGCAUGGCGUCGCGACGCCGCUUGGAGGAACUCCACCGUCAGAAGAGCGCCACCGCCGAAGCGCGCCGGGGCUCCGAGCAACCGAAGAGCCAUCGCUUGUUGCAAACGUUCCAGACGCACGCCUCCGCCACGCGAAGCGUGGCCAAGGCGGCUACGUUCGAAUCUUCGAGCUCCGGUGAGUCUGAACCGGAGGUAGAGAAGGAGGAGGGGACGUAG